UAACAUAAAGGUAAAAUUUGAUGACGUCAAGCAGGAAGUGGAUAAACAGUCAGUGGCCUUGGUGACUGCUGCAGUUUUAGCUGUUUCUGGUCACUUUGAAGGAAUUGAUUUGAUUCAGAGAGAACGGGACUCGACGGAAAGAUGUGUACGUUUGACAAGGAGAAGGAGCCCCGGAGGUUGAUGAAGAGGGGACUGGCUCUCAUCCUCAUCGGACACAUCAACUUCAUCCUGGGGGCAGUUGUCCACGGCAGUGUCCUUCGCCACAUCUCCAAACCCAGUAAACACAUCAGCACGGAGUACACCGUCACCAACAUCAUCUCCGUCACCUCAGGCCUGUUGAGCAUUUCCACUGGGAUUAUUGCCAUUCUGGUGUCAAGGAACCUCCGCCUGUUGAAAAUGCAAAUAGGCCUCCUGGUGGUGUCGUUCCUCAACGCCCUCCUCUCUGCAGCCUGCUGCACUGGGCUGCUGUUGGCCAUCGGCAUCACAGUGGCCCACGAGGGCCGAGGCCUACUGACGGGCUGUAAUGACACCCGGGUGGACGCCCGCUCACCCAUCAGUGCCGACUGCCCCUUUGACACCACACGCAUUUAUGAGGGGGAUUCCACCCACAGCCAGCGUCUGAUGGGAAAGCGUACCGAUCCUGAUGCCUAAAGAAAGAAGAAGAACAGAGGUAGAGCCGCACCAGAACUCCCAUAAGGCAACACUGCAUCUCCUUUCACAACAUGCUAGCUUCACGCUCCAGUUUCCUGUCAGGUCCAGUUUCCUGUCAGGUCAUUGUUUUAAUUUGUAUAUAAAGGUCGUUGGACUUUCCCAGUAUUUUAAGCAGAUUUAAAAGAAAAUUAAAAUUUUAUUUAAAAGUAAACAUAGGGGUCAUGGACCAUAGGCAGGCCCACACAGCCCCUGAUGGCAGAGCCUGCCCUGUGGCCUUUCAACCAUAGGAUAGCAGACCCACCUGUGACUGCUAAAAACACAUUUGAAUUUAUACUCUGAAAUCUUAGACUUUUUUGUUAAACAUCACAUGUUUAAUUUAAGAAUGAAAUUCUAGUUCUAGAAGAAAAAGAACAACUCACCACCGCCCAAACCUUGAACCUAGAACUGCUGUUUACAAAUGUCUGAAGAGAUGAGGCCCUCUGCUGGACCUCUCACUGUUUGACCACAUCACUGAAUAUGUUGAAGAGAAGUUCUUGAACUGUUUUAAAGUGGACACUGAUUGACAGCUGGUACAGACCAGGUGAGCUCUUCACAUGGUUGUUUUUAAAGUUCUGACACUGAGCUGAGGAUCUUUGGACUCUGUUUUUACUUCUGUUUAUUUCUGUAUUUGAAGUGAAUUUAUCAAAGAGUGAUUUGUCAAUGUGAGUUUAACACAGAAUAAAUGUUUUCUUAUAUUUUUAUUUUGAAAU